AUGGCGGAAAUAAAAAUUCAAAACUUUGGAAUAGAAAUGGCAACAGAAACACCAUGUAGUUUAUCUCCACUUUUAACGAGUGUACAACAGCAUACUACAUCGACUACCAUCACUACAGAUGUUCAAAAAGUAACUGUGGUGAAUUCUUUAGAAAUUUGUGAAACAUCAGUAGCAAAUAAAAAUAAAGAAACAAAUGUUGCCGUUACUAGUGUUAGUGUUACUACCAAAAAUUCAGAUUUGACUGAAAUUCCAAACUUGAAAAUGAAUGAAGUACCAGAAAAAGAAACAGAUAAUCUAACAGCAGCCUCAUUAAAUGUACCCAUCAUUAAGGUACUUGAAGGAAGUAAAACUUCUGGAAAAGGUGGAGAUGGGUUGAAUUUUUGUAAAACAGCAGAUGGGCAUAGGGCACCACCAAGAGGUUUACCAGCCGUCAUGAAAAUAUCAACAUUUGCUGAACUCUUGGAACAUUCAGAGCAGUUUGUUGGCCAUCGUAUGAGACUGUUUGGAAAAGUUGUGGAAAAUGAUGUUGAAAUGCAACUAAUCAAAUUAUCCGACCCACUUUUGAUUCUUCCAGAAACAGAUUGCAUCUACGUUGAGGCCAAUUUGUUAACAGAUGUGGCAGUUCAGACAGGAACAACUUAUGAAUUUAUAUGUGACUGUGAAAUUGAAGAAGGAAGAGUUAAGAAUAAAUUAAUAACCUACAAUGAUGCCAGUUUACUUGACAUCAAAUUAUUUUUUUACACAAACAUGAUGGUGGAAAAUUAUCUAGAAGAAUUUGAGGAUCGCAGUAAAAAUGAAGUAAAUGAUGAUCAAGUAUAUGUUUUUGAAAAGUUAAUAACGAGACAUCGCAAGCAUGAUAUAAAGUGUGGCAAGAAGAAACUGAAAGAUAGAAUGUCACAAAUGCAUGCUGGUGACUGUGGCUCCAGCAGCUUGCUCGAUGAUGCAGGAGAUGAUCUAUGUGGAAGUUUUGUAGAUGAAGAUGAUGACAGCUUACAACUGUCACUUUUCCAUCACCUUCUUUUUUCAUCUUGCACUUAUCCGUGUUUCCUUCCUAAACUGACUUGCUCCAACCUUCUAGAUCCUAAUUUACAUCUUAAAAUUGUUGCCUAUAAAUAA